AUGGCAUUGGCUCAACAUCCCCAUCGCUUCCCGAAAGUUGUGUGGGCGCCCUUGGGUCUAUGUGACGGCCGUGUAAUGGAUAAAGGGAUCGGAUAUAACGCCUAUCCAGAAGACUGUACUAAAUAUGUCCAGUGUUUUCAACAAGGGAAUACCUACAGAUCAGUUAUUCGUCCCUGUCCGUUCGGAACGUUCUGGGAUCAGAACGCAGUCACAUGUAGCAAUGCUGCUAAUGUAAUCUGUCGUAACGAUCUCUGCAGAACGAUGCCAGAUUAUGUAAUCUAUGCCCACAGUGGACCUGGCUGUCGUCCGCACUGGAUGUGUCUGGGACAACGCUCCUUACCCCAGUGCUGUCCCGCUGGGUCGCGCUUUAUAGAUAAAGUUGGCUGUAUUGUUGAUCCGAUGUGUAUGGAGUCGUGUAUGUCCCACCAUCAUGAGAAUCACACCUCGGCUGAAUGUAUGUUAAAAACUCACGCCGAUAAAAAGUUUUAUUUGGAAACGAUUGCUGGUUUUGGUGAAAUAGCUCGUCCCUGUGCUCCUGGUUCCAUUUUCAGUGAAAAACAAUGCACUUGUAUCUCAGCGCCUGACCUAAACCUUCACUCGCAAGGUGAACUAUCUUAUGCAAGUGUUACAUUUCAUUCUACUAACGCUUUAACAUUUUUUCAUUUUCAUUUUUCAUCAAUGGCGGCAGAAGACAAUUAA